CUCCACUUCCCGGCAGGCAGUGCGGCCCGCGACGCAGAACUUCAUUUCCCAGUAGGCUCCAGGCCGCGAGCGCCGCUGUGCCUUGUGUGGGAUGCCGCUGCCCGCCGCCAUGGGGCUGAAGGCCGCCCAGAAGACGCUGUUCCCGCUGCGCUCCAUUGACGACGUGGUGCGCCUGUUCGCCGCGGAGCUGGGCCGAGAAGAGCCGGACCUGGUGCUCUUGUCUUUGGUUUUGGGCUUCGUGGAGCAUUUCCUGGCUGUCAACCGCGUCAUCCCCACCAACGUGCCUGAGCUCACCUUCCAGCCCAGCCCCGCGCCCGACCCCCCGGGCGGCCUCACCUACUUCCCCGUGGCGGACCUGUCCAUCAUCGCCGCCCUGUAUGCCCGCUUCACUGCCCAGAUCCGCGGUGCCGUCGAUCUGUCCCUCUACCCCCGAGAGGGGGGCGUCUCCAGCCGUGAUCUGGUGAAGAAGGUGUCCGAUGUCAUCUGGAACAGCCUCAGCCGCUCCUACUUCAAGGACCGAGCCCACAUCCAGUCCCUCUUCAGCUUCAUCACAGGCACAAAACUGGACAGCUCUGGUGUGGCCUUUGCUGUGGUAGGGGCCUGCCAGGCCCUUGGUCUCCGGGAUGUCCACCUGGCCCUGUCCGAGGACCACGCCUGGGUAGUGUUUGGGCCCAACGGAGAACAGACAGCUGAGGUCACCUGGCACGGCAAGGGCAAUGAGGACCGCCGGGGCCAGACGGUCAACGCGGGUGUGGCCGAGCGGAGCUGGCUGUACCUGAAAGGGUCAUACAUGCGCUGUGACCGCAAGAUGGAGGUGGCAUUCAUGGUGUGUGCCAUCAACCCUUCCAUUGACCUGCACACUGACUCCCUGGAGCUGCUGCAGCUGCAGCAGAAGCUACUCUGGCUGCUCUAUGACCUGGGACAUCUGGAAAGGUACCCCAUGGCGCUGGGGAACCUGGCAGAUCUGGAAGAGCUGGAGCCCACCCCUGGCCGGCCAGACCCACUCACCCUCUACCACAAGGGCAUUGCUUCAGCCAAGACCUAUUACCGGGAUGAGCACAUCUACCCGUACAUGUACCUGGCCGGCUACCACUGUCGCAACCGCAAUGUGCGUGAAGCCCUGCAGGCCUGGGCCGACACAGCCACUGUCAUCCAGGACUACAACUACUGCCGGGAAGACGAGGAGAUCUACAAGGAGUUCUUUGAAGUAGCCAACGACGUCAUCCCCAACCUGCUGAAGGAGGCAGCCAGCCUGCUGGAGGCGGGCGAGGAGCGGCCAGGGGAGCAGCCCCAGGGUACGCAGAGCCAGGGCUCUGCACUCCAGGACCCUGAGUGCUUCGCCCACCUGCUGCGCUUCUACGAUGGCAUCUGCAAGUGGGAGGAGGGCAGCCCCACGCCAGUGCUGCAUGUGGGCUGGGCCACCUUCCUUGUGCAGUCACUAGGCCGCUUCGAGGGACAGGUGCGGCAGAAGGUGCGCAUAGUGAGCCGCGAGGGAGAGGCUGCAGAGGCUGAGGAGCCGUGGGGUGAGGAGGCCCGGGAAGGCCGGCGCCGGGGCCCGCGGCGCGAGUCUAAGCCGGAGGAGCCCCCGCCACCCAAAAAGCCGACGCUCGACAAGGGGUCCGGCGCAGGCCAAGGCGCGGUGCCGGGGCCCCCCCGGCGACCUCCAGGGACGGUCCCGGGCACUGUCCGCGGCCCCGAGGGCGGCAGCGCGGCCCCAGCCCCGGCGCCCGCCGCCUCGCCGCCGCCGGAGGGGCCGGUGCUCACUUUCCAGAGCGAGAAGAUGAAGGGCAUGAAAGAGCUGCUGGUGGCCACCAAGAUCAACUCGAGCGCCAUCAAGCUGCAGCUCACGGCGCAGUCGCAGGUGCAGAUGAAGAAGCAGAAGGCGUCAACGCCCAGCGACUACACGCUUUCCUUCCUCAAGCGGCAGCGCAAGGGCCUCUGAGCCACCCCGGGGCCGUCCCCAGCCCGCGGGGACCCAGGCCCCGGGAGGACGGACUCUACCCCAGCCCCUGACCUUAGGAUUCGCUCUCCGCUCAGAACCGAGGGCCCUGACCCGGCCAUCGGAAUGUAGGUUGCGUCCCAUAGAACCCCGGCCGGCGGUUGAACCCUCACCUCUGGCCCCGCCGCGAGGCUGGGUUCCUGCCCCGAACUCGGAACUGAGGCACCACCCCGAACUCAGGGGUGCAGGGCCCACCUCCAGGCCGGGAACCGAGAACCUCCUCAGCCCCUAGGAGCACAUUUCUACACUUCAGAACUCCCAAGCCCCUCAGCCGUUUGCAGGAUUUCUAAAUCCCCGCCGCCUCCGCUCGCUAGCGCGUGAGCCGGGGGCGCGGAGCUCCGCCCGCAGCCGGUGUGACUCUGAGCCCCGCCCCUUCCUGACCCAGCUGGCCCCAGAUCUGAGCAAGGGCUCUCUUCCGAGACCCGGGAACCUCCCGGAGUGGCAGCGCAUCUCGGGGGACCCCGGAGGAAAUCUGUAUGGGGUGGGGAGCGGGCGAGAGGAACCUGAUCUGUUCCUGUUUUGUACAUAGAUUUAUUUUUCAGUUCCAAGGAAGAUGAAUACAUUUUGUAAAAA